AUGGCUGAGCACCUAGAGGCCAAUUUGGCCAUGGAAGAGGAUGCGGCCAUCGCUGCACUGCUUGCUCUGCAUCCCUCGCAGCUCUACCGCCUCAGAAGCAUGGUGGCAAGGGCAACAGAUGCAGCGAUAAAUGGCGGCCUCAGAAGCAUGGUGGCAAGGGCAACAGAUGCUGCGAUAGAUGGCGGUGCUGGUGGCGGAACGGCGGAAGCCGCAAGUCCCUUGCUACACUCCGAAAGCCUUUCCGAGCUGCUGGCGGCCGCUGCCCCCACGGGUGCUGCACCUUCGUCACUGCCAGCGGCAGCUCCCACAGCUACUGCAGCUUCGGUGGCAGUGGCAACUCCGGCGGCAGUGGAAAGCAGAAAGGUGCGGAAGGGUAACCAGGAGCGGAAGCGAGCCCGAGCUGAGUCUCCAGUCUGUCUAGACAAGACAUAA